CGGAGGAGGAGGCGGGCCUCUUUUUCUCCUCAGCGAGCAUCCCUCGGCGAGCGGAGGGCUCGCGCGCCUCACGUGACACAACAGAAACUCAUCUACGAAAUAUACAAAAAUGAGUCAUUUGCGGCUGAUUGCUGCUACCCUGAAACAUCGUGGCAUUUGUUCGUUGAUGAAGAAAAAUGUAAACAAAAAAGAAUUUCUGCCAAGUCGGAGUUAUGUUUCACCGGGAACCACAGAACCAUUCUUGAGUGGAAGUAAUUCAAAUUACGUUGAGGAAAUGUAUUAUGCAUGGCUUGACAAUCCAAAAAGUGUGCAUAAGUCAUGGGAUUUAUUUUUCCGAAAUGCUGCUGCUGGAGCCCUCCCUGGACAAGCCUUUCAAACUCCUUUACCGGACCUUUCAGGAAGCAAAACAUCACUUGUCCAAAGCCAUGGACUGACAAAGUCACCUGCGAAAGCUGGGAAACUGGUCGAGGAUCAUCUGGCUGUGCAGUCAUUGAUCAGAGCAUAUCAGAUCCGUGGACACCAUGUGGCUCAGUUGGAUCCUUUAGGAAUCUUGGAUGCCGACUUGGAUUCAUUCGUCCCCUCAGAUUUAAUCACUACUAUAGAUAAACUAGGGUUUUAUGGCUUAUAUGAAUCUGACUUGGACAAAGUGUUCCAGUUACCCACAACCACCUUCAUUGGAGGAAAGGAGACCAUGCUUUCCUUACGAGAGAUCAUCAAACGGUUGGAGAACACGUAUUGUCAACACAUUGGGCUGGAAUUUAUGUUUAUUAAUGAUGUGGAACAGUGUGAUUGGAUCCGGAAGAGGUUUGAGACCAGGUGUCAUGAAAUUCGUUUUUUUUUUGAUUUUUUUUAUAUUUUUUUUUUUUCGAAGGAUGAAAAACGGACGUUGUUGGCUAGAUUGGUGCGGUCAACAAGGUAUAUUUGAGAUUUCCUUGCUCGGAAAUGGUCAUCAGAAAAACGCUUUGGUUUGGAAGGAUGUGAAGUAAUGAUCCCAGCUCUGAAAACCAUCAUUGACAAAUCUAGUGAAAUGGGAAUUGAGUAUGUUAUAUUGGGCAUGCCUCACAGGGGAAGGCUGAAUGUGCUUGCCAAUGUUAUCCGAAAGGAGCUAGAACAGAUCUUUUGUCAAUUUGACCCAAAGCUCGAAGCAGCUGAUGAGGGAUCUGGGGAUGUUAAAUAUCACCUGGGAAUGUACCAUGAGAGGAUCAACCGAGCAACAAACAAAAAGAUCACCCUGUCGCUUGUGGCUAACCCAUCCCAUUUGGAAGCAGUGGAUCCUGUUGUCCAAGGGAAGACCAAAGCUGAGCAGUUUUACCGAGGGGAUACUGAAGGGAAGAAGGUUAUGUCUAUACUUGUACAUGGUGAUGCUGCCUUUGCUGAAGGAGUUGUUUAUGAAACUUUUCAUCUCAGUGAUCUUCCAUCAUAUACCACCAAUGGCACCAUUCAUGUUGUGGUCAACAAUCAGAUUGGCUUUACUACUGAUCCACGAAUGGCUCGCUCAUCUCCGUAUCCAACUGAUGUUGCUCGCGUGGUCAACGCACCUAUCUUCCAUGUCAAUGCUGAUGAUCCUGAAGCAGUGAUGUAUGUCUGCAAUGUAGCUGCAGAUUGGAGAAACACUUUUAAUAAAGAUGUGGUUAUAGAUCUGGUUUGUUACCGAAGACGGGGCCACAAUGAAAUGGACGAGCCCAUGUUCACCCAGCCUUUGAUGUACAAGCAGAUUCACAAGCAGGUGCCUGUGCUGAAGAAGUAUGCCGACAAGCUAAUAGCUGAUGGAACUGUGACGCUGCAGGAGUUUGAGGAAGAAAUUGCAAAGUACGAUAAGAUUUGUGAGGAAGCUUAUUCUCGAUCCAAAGACAAUAAAAUCCUACUCAUUAAGCACUGGCUUGAUUCACCUUGGCCAGGUUUUUUUAAUGUGGACGGAGAACCAAAGAGCAUGACUUGCCCUCCAACUGGAAUUCCUGAAGACAUGCUGAUUCAUAUUGGAAAUGUAGCCAGCUCUGUGCCUCUGGAAGGAUUUAAAAUACAUGGAGGACUUUCUCGGAUUUUGAGAAGUCGACUGGAAAUGACAAAGAACCGAGUUGUCGACUGGGCCUUGGGGGAAUACAUGGCUUUUGGGUCUUUGUUGAAGGAAGGUGUCCAUGUCCGACUAAGUGGGCAGGAUGUAGAAAGGGGCACUUUCAGCCAUCGCCACCAUGUGCUCCAUGAUCAAGAUGUUGACAAGGGGACCUGUGUUCCUAUGAAUCAUCUGUGGGAGCAGCAAGCCCCUUACACCGUAUGCAAUAGCUCCCUUUCAGAAUAUGGGGUAUUGGGUUUUGAACUUGGCUUUGCUAUGUCAAGUCCCAAUGCCCUUGUGUGCUGGGAGGCUCAGUUUGGUGACUUCCACAAUACAGCACAGUGCAUCAUCGAUCAAUUUAUCAGCUCGGGACAGGCUAAGUGGGUUCGUCACAAUGGGAUUGUCCUGCUUUUGCCUCAUGGAAUGGAAGGAAUGGGACCAGAGCAUUCUUCAGCCAGGCCAGAGAGAUUCCUUCAGAUGUGUAAUGAUGAUCCUGAUGUCUUUCCAGAAUUUGAUGAUGAUUUUGCAGUUUCUCAACUCUAUGAAUGCAACUGGAUUGUGGUGAACUGUUCAACUCCAGCCAGUUACUUCCAUGUCCUCCGAAGGCAGCUCUUGUUGCCAUUUAGGAAGCCUCUGAUUAUUUUCACACCAAAGUCCUUGCUGAGACACCCUGAAGCAAAAUCCAGCUUUGAUGAAAUGGUCUCAGGUACCAGCUUCAGGCGUGUGAUCCCUGAAGAAGGACCUGCAGCUGAAGCUCCCGGGGAGGUCAAGCGGGUGAUUUUCUGUACUGGGAAGGUAUACUAUGAUCUUGUUAAAGAGAGAAAGAACCAGGAUUUGGAGAAGGAGGUGGCUAUAACCAGAUUGGAACAGAUCUCCCCUUUCCCUUUCGACUUGCUAAAAUCGGAAAUUGAGAAGUAUGCUAAAGCUGAUCUUGUCUGGUGUCAAGAAGAACACAAGAACAUAGGCUACUACGACUACGUCAAACCUCGUUUCCGCACCAUUGUGAACCAGAUUCGACCCAUAUGGUAUGUUGGCCGGGAACCAGCUGCCGCUCCGGCAACUGGCAACAAGAACACGCAUCUCGUGUCACUCAGAAGGUUUUUGGACACAGCUUUCAACCUGGAGGCAUUUGAAGGAAAGAUGUUUUAACUGUAACAUUGUGGCCCAUUUUCUCCAUAUGUAGUAUAGUAUGUAUGUAUUUAGGGAAGGCCAUGACCAUAACAUGAAAUAAAAUUCAGCAGGGAAAGA